AUGGAGUAUUGGCGACAGUGCGCGCUGUGGCUGAUAAGCUGCAACGUGCUCCCCGCGAGCCACCGGGUGACUGCGGACUCGGCGCAGGUGUUUGACCUGGCGCAGACUUUGCGCGACGGGGUGCUGCUGUGCCAGCUGCUCAACAACCUCAGACCUCGUACCAUCAAUCUGAAGGAGAUCAAUCUCAGGCCACAGAUGUCACAGUUCCUGUGCUUGAAGAACAUUCGGACGUUCCUGACGUCGUGCUGUGAGGCGUUUGGGAUGAAGAAGAGCGAUCUGUUUGAGGCCUUCGAUCUCUUCGACGUGCGGGACUUUGGAAAGGUCAUGGACACGCUCUCCAAGCUCUCCUACACUGCAAUCGCACAGCAGGGAGGAUUCAAGCCAUUUCCAACAGAGGAGAGUCUAAAAGACGAGGACAUCUACAACAACCUGGAGGACCUGAUCGACGAGAAUGCCCUCGAGGAUGAGGAAGACUUAUAUGCAACAGUCUAUGGGCUGGAGGAGGACUAUGAUGGUGGAGACAUCUAUGAAGACCUCAUGAGGACUGAGCCGCAGCUUCAUCACCCACUGAGGCAGGUGGAGCUAGACGUUCGGACGUGCUGCCUAACAGAGAUCAAACAGACUGAGGAGAAGUACACAGAGACCCUGGAGUCCAUAGAGAAGUACUUCCUGAACCCUUUGAAGAAAUUCUUCUCGGCAGCAGAGAUCGACAAAGUUUUUCUCAACAUCCCGGACCUUGUUAAAGUACACAAGAGCCUAAUGGUGGAUGUACAGGACUCCAUCCUCAAUAGAAAUGCCUUAAACCUGUACCAGAUCUUCAUCACCUACAAGGAGAGACUUUUAAUUUAUGGAAUAUACUGCAGUCAGGUGGAGCUAGCCAUCGCGGUCUUAGACCUCAUCUGCAAGGAGAAAGAGGACGUUCGUCUGAAGCUGGAGGAGUGCUCCAAGAGGGCCAAUAAUGGGAAAUUUACUCUGCGAGACCUCCUGGUGGUCCCGAUGCAGAGAGUCCUCAAGUACCAUCUGCUCCUUCAGGAGCUAGUCAAACACACUCAUGAUGCCGCCAACAAGAGCAACUUGAAGAUGGCACUCGAUGCAAUGAAAGACUUGGCCCAGUAUGUCAAUGAGGUGAAGAGAGACAACGAGACACUAAGAGAGAUUGAUCAAUACCAGAGAUCCAUCGAAAACCUGAACCAGCCGCUGGUCAGCUACGGUCGGCCUAAAGGAGAUGGAGAGGUGCGCAUGGUCUCCAACAUUGACAAGAGGAAACAAGACAGACACAUCUUUUUAUUUGACGUGGCCGUCAUUGUUUGCAAGCGGAGGGGAGACAACUAUGAGAUGAAAGAAAUUCUUGACCUCAACUACUUCAAGAUCACCAACAACCCCACCUCUGACCGAGAGGGCAAAAAGUGGUGCUACGGGUUCUACCUUACUCACCAGCAGGGGCACACCGGCUUUGAACUCUUCUUCAAGACCAAAGAGCUGAAGAAGAAAUGGCUGGAUCAGUUCGAGAUGGCCAUAUCAAAUAUCCGACCGGAAAAUGCCAACAACAACUCCCACCAGUUUAAGAUGCACACUUUUGAGAGGAUCACUUCCUGUAGCUUCUGUCACCUCUUGCUCAGGGGCAUCUUUAACCAGGGCUACCUCUGUCUCAAGUGUGAACUGGGAGCCCACAAGGAGUGCCUGGGUCGACUGGGACUCUGUGGGAGAACAGAUUCAGCCAUGCCAAGGCCCCAGAGGAGCACCGUGACACGGAAGCAAGCAGACCCAGGUUUACCCCGAAUGCUGGUGAUCAGAGACUACUGUGGCGUACCCUGUCCCCAGUACGGACCCCCGCUGAGCAUUCAUGCUGGGGAUGUCAUCGAGCUGAUUUCCGGCGACCCGCACAGCUCCUGGUGGCAGGGCAAAGUUCUGGCGACGAACAGGAUCGGCUUCUUCCUGCGUGACGCAGUCAGGCCCUGCCCGUGUGUUCCAAAACCUGUCGAUUACUCUGCCCAGCUCUGGUUUGCAGGGCCUAUGGAGAGAUGUCAGGCUGAGGUUGAGCUCCAGGACAGAGGACACAGCACCUAUCUGAUUCGUAACAGGAGUAAGGAGUGCACAGAGUAUGCCAUCAGUAUCAAAUUCAACGACGAAGUCAAGCACAUUAAGAUUCUGACCAAGGGCGGCUGCUUUUACAUCGCUGAGAGUCGGCUCUUCAAGUCUGUGCUGGACUUGGUGGAGUACUACAAGCAACACUCUCUGAGGGAAGGCUUCCGAAGUCUUGACACCACUUUGCAGGUGCCUUACAGGGAGCCGGCUAACGCAGCAGGGCAGGAGUGGAGAAGGGGGGGUGAAUCGAUCUUUUCUCCUCGGGUGGUGGGCGUUGCGGUGGUGCGUUAUGACUUCUGUCCCAGAGACACGCAGGAGCUGUCUCUGCUGGAGGGAGACGUAGUCAAGAUCUACAACAAGAUGUCCAACGGCUGGUGGAGGGGAGAGGUCAACGGCAGGGUGGGCUGGUUCCCUUCUACCUACGUGGAAGAGGAGGACUGAGUCGGUUGGAUGAGCCUCCACCCGUUUGGUCCCCGGUAAGCGACGAGUCGCUCUGUCUGCCCUGAGAGUCAGACCACUUUGAUAAAUCCCAGAAACUGGCAGGCAGGAGAGUCCUCAGCCCCCUCUGCUGCCCUUCGACAGACUUUCAUAACAGCAUGGAUGUCAGAUCACCGAUUCCACGGGCGUCUCUCCGUCUCUUUCCUGUCUGUGCCCCUGUCUGCCCCUGCAGCCCACUGGGGACUGCGCAGGCCGUACCCAGAUAACCCCGCUGCCACCUGGAUCUGUUGCUCCAGUCUCAGAACCCCCACCCAUCGCUGUCUCAUGUUGGGCCCGGCCCGACGGAUACAUGAAUAUUUCAGGAGCAUCUUGCUCUGCUUGCUGCGAGCCAUUCCCAGCACAAAAGAGCAACUGGAAGUGAGGCUGAAUCGCAGAGUGGUUUAUCUGCCCCAACCUGAACACUGACCUUAAACCAAACACAAACCCGGUCACCUUGUCUUAUUGUGGAGGACUCCUGUCGGUUUGGUGUCGAUUUUGUCUGCCAGCCAGCACCGAUGAGAGGAGAUAAGGAGGAAUUUGUCACCUAAAUGAGAGCACAGGGUUGAACAGUGAAACUUUGCCUAUUGUUCAAACACAAUACACUAUGUUUCGAGGACUAUGCUAUUGUCGGCUGUCAACAAUGGGCUGUUGAGUGUGAUGUUCUGUCAUAUUGACUGCUUCGGCAUGUGUAAUUUGAUUAUGCUUUUAUCAGAGGCUGUUUUAUUUUUUACAUCCUUUUAGGCAGUGCUGAAAAUUUAUUGGCACCUUAAUAUGAAGGAUUGAUCGUUGACAUGAACGAACGCAUGUGAUCUUUAUUUAUUUC